AAUAUCUCAAUGGGCCCUUCAUAAAAACCACGAUAGCGAGAAAAUUAAAUACGCAAUAACGGCUGUUGAUAAUAAAAAUUUGAGGCUACCAUACAUUUAGAUCAAGGUGGAGAAGGAUAUAUUCGAUUCUUGGAUUUUGCUGCGACAAACGGACAGUGUGGGGAAUUUUAUUCCGUUGAAAAAAAAGACUCAAAAACAAAUUUAGACCCCAAAGUGGAAUUGGCUGGCGGACUAUUUAUCAUGACUAAGCAAUCAGUACGAUAUUCUGCGUAUGUCUUGGAUUCGGAGAAAUAUACAUAUCAGUUACAGGGAAUUGAAACCUACCACCCCGUCUGCCAUUGAUACUGAGGCCUUCUCUGUAAAGGGUCCAGAUCAAAACAAAUAAGUGAACUGCUUAUAUUUGCCGUUGACCGAUCGGACGUCAUUUUGUCUUUGGUAGAUUAUGAUGCGAAGAUCAGAGUGGAUUAAAUUUCAAACAAAAUAUAUACGCAUAUCCGACAGGAUGGAAGGGAUGCAAACAUUUGUUGAGGCACACUCUGAGGAAUUAUAAGCUCAUUUAUUUGACAUUCUAACUGCCCAAAUACUACAUCUGUGAGGAUUAAAUUGUGGAUUUAUAAUUCGAAUUCCUUCAGAGAUAUUCAUAUCUGACUUCUGCUGGGCGCAUGAGAAGAGCGAACUUCUUCGCAUGAGCAAACCAUCGACUACCACCGAGGAAAUACUUGAAACAGAUAUGUGAUUAAAAACAAGAUUAUAUCAUUUAUCGUGUCAUCCUGAAAAAAGUUCGGAAUUUGGUUUGAUGAAUGAGUUAAAAUGUGAUUCGAGGAGAGGGAAACAUGGCUCAGGAGACGAUUAUUACGGACCGCGUGCGAUACCCUUCGGGAGUCAGCAGAAGGUCCCAACGGAGCAGAGAGUACAAGCUGGCAUCGCAGAACUUGUGGGCCAAAGCACUCUCGGUGGUCGGGGUAGGGAUUCUGCUGCUUCUCUGUUACGCCAUCUUCCCAGAGAUGCCUCUCAUUGUCGUCGGCGUCUGUACCAUCUUCCUGGGGCUGUGUACCCUCAUCGCCGACCGCAUUAUCAAUAAUAAAUGUAAGAAGGGGCGACAGCAGGGACGUCGUGAUGGAGGUCGUCAACGAAAUGGGACCCGAGGUCGUAAUCCAAGUCAGUCGGCGACGAAUCAAGCCCCUGGGAAUGAAACCUCAAAUGAUAUUUGGACAUGCCCGAUGCCUUUAGAAUGGCCCAUCCCACCUUCGACGCCACCGCCCACUUAUACGCCAACCAACCCAGUACCUUUAGAUGAAAACAUUGAACUUGGUCCGCCACCGUUUGAACCUCACCCUGCCCUCGGCCUCCCCCCUCCUCCUCCCCCUCUUACCCCUCCACCGCCUCUUACACCCCUACCCUCCCGUGAGGACGAUCAAGAAGUAUGUAUUUCAUCGGACUCUGACGAGGGCGAGGAUGAUGACGCGGUGACCGAGCUACCGAUCAUGUUCCCGCUACGAACCCGUCGACGAUGUAUCUCGACACCACCGCUGCCAUCCUAUGAAGAGGUAAUUGAGGAAGAUCGACGGACGGUAGCGUCAGCGUCGUCCAUGCCGUCACUUUUAUCGCGCGAUUCAGCGUCAACGUCGUCGUCAUCAUCGGCAGAUCAAUCACAAUCUUCUGGCGGAGACACAGCCGUGAGGUUACAGAACAAUCUAGCGUCAGAGGAAGCUUCAUCAAACACAUUAUCAUCGUCGUCGGACAUGCUUUCGAUACUUGCGCAGGCUUCACGGACAAGAGCUUCUAGUUUACCAGUGAGGACAUAGCAAGUAUGGAUCUCUUUGAAUGGGAACCUAUGUACAGAAUGUUACUUUUGAAUAUUCUUGGAGUAGUGGAUAAAAGAACAGUCAGCAUGUUGGAAUUCUGGUCAGAGGGAUAGAGUUGGGAUCAGUUAGGAACUACGAACGAGAUGGAGUGCAUUUAUUUAAUACGUAUCUUGCCAUAGUCCAUUCAAAUGCAAGGUUUCCUUAAUAGUUUUUAGAGGUAUAACAACAAGUGUAUUCGUGGUGUGAUGGGGGGGGGGGGGGUAGUGAUAUGACGCCGUUGUCAAGUGUCAAUGUAACUCCCCCCUGGUAUUUACGCCGAUUCUGUUUUCUAACUAAAGUCAACAUGUACGCCAACAUAUCAGAUAAUAAUAUCCUCACAAAGCGUCAUAAAGCUAUUUACUUGCUAAUCGUUACAUCAAACAAGUUAUUCAUUGUAAUCCCAGGGUGCGAAAUGACAAAACAUGGGAAGUUCACCUAACACUAAGUUUUUAAAAGGCAAAAUGUUAGACAAUAAAGGAUGACGAAUAUAUAUUAAAGAAUAAAGAGAUGUUCAUAAACAGUAUUUUGUCAAGUCAUGCGCGACCAGCCAACAAAAAAAAAUAAUAGUUGGGAUCAUAUUAUUAAAUAUCGUAUUUCCUAGCAAAUAUUAUCGUACAAAUGUUCUAAGAGUAUAGCGGGAAAUAAUUUUUCAUAGUCAUGGUUAAAAAGCAUGUCAUAAGGCUGCCUUAGCAAAAUAUCACAUCCUGGGUAGAAAUACAGAUAUUAAAUAUGUGCAUGAGAUAAGGUCUGGAGUUUCGAUGCUGUUCGAAGUAAAAAUGCGUGAAUUUUUAAAUCCUCAAAUUAUUGGCAACUAGUUUUUUCAAUAUUUUCUGAAUGUAUAUGUCCUGAAAUGGAUAUAGUGUUGAAGAUAUGAAAACGUGUGAUGUAUAAUCUUUGUACAAAUAAAUUUGUAAGGUUAGUGUUAACAUUAUGAGAUUUUAAAUAUACUGUACUACAGUAAAAUUCAAGUUUUUGAAAU